AUGCACCAUCCCCACGUUCAAAUGCCCGUUUUACUUACUCGCCUGCCUCCGCAGUACUUCUCCACUCUCGAACGCCUCCGACUUACACAACACCCCAACGUGACUCUCGAUUCGUCCCAAACAACAAACGAUUUCUACGACUUCUCCUCCACACCUUUGAAACUCCGAAAAAGUCGCCGUGGCAGGGCAGCAUCCGAUUUGAAAUCCGGCCAGCCCGUACCUCAACGCUCUACGCCUCGUUCUCGCACGCUUUCAGUGGAUUCGGCCAUCGAGAACCAUAGCCAACAGACCCGGCCUACAUCCGAGGAGGAGAGGUUCGACCUGCACAGGAAUAAGACGCUGAGCGUCAUUGCCGACACCACAGACGGUACUUCCACAGUGAUUGCAGAGUCCAGCUCUCUAUCUACCCAAGAUACCCAAGACGGUAUCAUUCGAGAUCAAGACGGCCUCGAGGCUAUCGACAGGCCGGACCUCGCAUCGUCCCGAUCCCGAUCCCCCACCCACGAGCACCGAGCUACAGACGACAUGGCGGCAGCUCACUCGCGUAUGGUGCCGGACUCGUUCUACGAGAGCUUCCGGUGCCUAGAUGAGAGCAACGAUCUGGAUCUCCAGCUCCGGCUGGAUAACUACAACUCUAGCUCUGCUGCGACGUCGCCGCCGCCCCGGAACCAAGGACACGUCAGGCACGUCGACCACGUCCCCACCCUCGUCGAUGACAAGUCCUGUAAUCCCCCAACCCCGGACAUGGCCGACGCACAUCACGCGCGCUCCCUUCGAACCCCCAGGCCCAGCCUAGCGGACAACGUGGUGAUUCCUUCGACGAAUGCCGUCGAUCUAGCAGCUGCUCACUACCAGGACCCCGAGGCUCGGCUCAAGCUUCGAGUGUACCUUGCAUCUCCGCAAAAGUUUGACGAGGCGCACCACACCUUCCUCGCCGACGACAAAUCGUCGGUUUACAGCGACGACGCAUCCAUGGCGGAGCCCGACUCGCCCAAGACACCCGAGCCUCUCGAGAAGCCCUCGGCGGCGCGGCCUUUUAGAGCAGCUUCCGACGCUGGCCUUCUCGCCAAGGCUGCCGUCGACUACAACCAGGCGGCGGCAUCGGCCCGGGAGAUGACGCUGCGGAUGACGCUGACCAGGCCAGAUCUGCGAGCAGGAGAGGACCAAAUCUACGGGUGGCAGCACAAGGGUAUCGCGGCGGGACGGAAAUCACAGUCGGUGCUACGGGAAGAGGUGACACCUACCGUGGUGUAUAUCAGGGAGGGCAAUUCCAAGGACAGCAUCGAGAGGCAGUUUGCUGUCAUGGAUCAGUGGGCAGAACCCGAGCGAGGCGUCGUCAAGCGAUUCUGGAACCGAGUUCGACGCCAAUAG